AUGGAGAAACCAACUGUUACUGAACUACCACCUCCAUAUACAGCGACAGUUCCACCGGGGCCAUCCCCACAACCUGCUGGCGCUCCAGGAGCGCCUUACCCGCCGCCACCACCUGGAUACACGCCAUACGGAGUUGCUCCGCCAGGUGCUGGUUUCGUACCUAAUUAUGGCGCAACAAACAUAAUUAUACCUCCACCUAUUAUCGCAGUUGGAGCGUGCCCUGCCUGUCGCGUUGGCAUCCUCGAAGACGAUUUCACCUGCCUCGCUCUAUCAAAUUUGACAAAUGUCAGCGGAUUCGAGCAUGUUAGUAAUAGCCUCAUGUCUAUGGCGUACAGAAUAAGAGCCUAA